AGUCUGAGCAAUGAAGUCUCUCCUGGGCCUGCAGGGGCUCCUUCUGCUUCUUUUCUUUAUGAGGACUUGUGCUGAUGAUUGGUCAGCCAUUCGUCUGCAAUGCACCAAUCAUUGGUUCUAUCUCAGGAUUAAGGCCACGAUAUUCCCCAAUAUAUUUAUGGAACCUGAUGAAGUGUUCUUAGGAAUUGGCUGCCCUGUGACCAACUACUGGCCAAAUGAUAUCUACGACUUUACCUACCGUACUUAUGCCUGUGGGAUUGUCAAUAAAGUUAUUUAUGAUGUCACUCUGCUUCAGACUAAACUUACAUAUAUCUCAAAAAAUGGUUCUUUACGAGCUCAGAUGCCUCUGUCCUGUGUUCUGCAUAGUCGGUAUCCUCUUUUAUGUGAAGCUGAAAUUGGAGGAGAUUUCACUGGCAAUCCUCCUGAAUGGGUAUUAGAUAUGAGAAUACACAGAAACAAGCAAGCUGCUCCUGCAGUGCCACCAAACUUUUCAACAUCAAGUGAAGACCACCAGGUCUCCCAUGAGCCCCAGACCUCUGUCACCAGCAAACUGGAACCUGUUGAAGUAUGUAGCUUCAUGGAUCAGAAGUUGUCAUUUCUUCAUUUCUCAGGAGUGCAGAUGAUUGGAUGA